UUAUUCUUUGUUUAUUGAUUUUUAUCGUUUGUCAUUUAAUUUCUCAGUUCUUCGAGUGUCAACGUAGAAUUGCAAAGAAGCGAAACGAAAGAUUGCAAAUAGCGUACCAUGGCGAAUCUUUCGCGAUUUCGAUACGGAUGAAGUUCGUUCCGACACGUCGUCCACGAGCGGGGAUGUGCGUCUUACAGCAAACCGGCAGCAUGAGGGAGGCGACGGGGAUGAAAAAGAGAUGGAGGAGAGACGGCGUGUGUGCACCAUCGACGAAUGCAUCGGCGCGCGGCGGGCGCAUCGCAGGGAGUCCAGAGAGGGUGGAUCUGCCGCAUAGUGGUGCCGAUACAUAUAGAGUUGCCGAGGGAUACUCGGCGACUCGCACGGGUGUCGCACGUCAGUUGCUAUGCAUCCGGGUGCGGUGGUGAACGCGGCGUGCGACCCGAGAGCAGCGAACCACCACCGUCGUUCCUAGUUCGCGUGCGCUCGCUCUCUCAGGACACCGGUCGCGACGACGAGACGAAGAACACACGCGCCCCGGUCGCUCACUGCCGAAAAAUCCUUCUCACCCCGGACGACGACGACGACGACGACGACGACGACGACAGCUACAACGGCGGGAACGCCUUCCAUGCGGGCUCGACGCGAUUAAAAAAAACAUUCUUCCGAGCACAAGCACGCACAUGGUCCGACGAUCUCUACCAUGAUCGCGAAUCAAGCCGCGCCGAUCAUCGGCUUUCUCGUCUUUCUUGUCCUGGCGGCCACUUUCGAUCGCGGUGAAGCGAUAAUAUGUUACCAGUGCAACAGCGAGUACGAUCCGAGGUGUGGCGACCCGUUCGACUCGUAUUCUUUGGGAACUGUCAACUGCAGUUUUCAGCCUCGCCUGGAGCACCUCAGCCACUUAGAACCUACUAUUUGCCGGAAAAUCAGUCAAAGAGUGUAUGGCAAGGUGAGAGUCGUCCGGAGCUGCGGCUACAUCGCAGACGAGUCGAAGGACGACGGCAUGUGCCUUAUGAGGUCCGGCACCCACGACGUGCGCGCGGAAUACUGCUCAUGCACCGGUGAUCUGUGCAACUCCGUCGAGAGUCUCCGCACGCCGUCCUUACUGCCACUGGCGUCCCUCCUGACCGCCGUUCUGGCGACACCAAAUCUGCUAUUGUCGUGCUCGUUCGCGCCGCCUCGUACCUCUCUCUCAAUAGCCUAAACAUUUCUGCCUAAUUAAUUUAAAAAAUUUGAAUCACACACCUCAAAAGAGAAUCAACGUUAGCAAACCGUCGUCGCGCGCCGCACGGACCGUUCGUAUACACCAGAUAUUAUUGUAUUCGCGCGAUCGCUUCUUCGCCGCCAUUGUCGAUCGGUUGUCGAUCGAUUGUCAAUUUCUCUCGUUAGGAUUAUUAUUAAAUACAUCAUGACAAAACAAAAAAAAAAAAAAAACGCUCACGCGCUCCAAGAGAAAAAAAUCCACGACGAAGCUUCGUUGUUUUUCGAGAAAGAUAAUGUAACGCUGUUAUCAUACGUUUUCAGUCUAUAUCGUAUUAUUGUGUAACUUUAAUAACUUUGGCCUAAUUAAAUAUCGCGUCAGAUUGUAAUGAUGAUAUACGUAUUUUUGCGCUAUCAAUAUGAAAAAAAAAAAAACUUCAAACAAUAACUUCUUCCAAUAAUUGAGAAGAAACCCCGAUGUGAUCCCCUAACUAACUCUCUCUGCGGUAAAAUAAUCAGCGGUAAAUAAAUAAAUAAAUAUAACCAGAAACGAACGAAGUUCAACCGAUACGAUAAAGUCUCGCGAGACGCUGUGUGUGUAAAAAAAAAAUUCUUCUUAGAGAAAUCUUUGAGAAUCCCAUAGCUAAGUAAAAUUGGAGAUUAUAGAUUACAAAUUCAGCGAACGGUCCGGAAAUAAUAGCCGGAUUAUUAUGUAGCGUAAACGGUGAUAACUGCCAGAUGCGCGAGGACGACAAUUCAGUGUAGUACACAUAUCUUCGCGAGAAAAAAAAUAAAAGAAAAAAAAAAUUAACACACGGCCUCCGCGUAAAAAAAAAAAAAAAAAAAAAAAAGAGUUCAGUCACCGAUCUCUCGUGUCGUUUCACGUCUGAUAUCGCACUUGUCGCGCGAAUAUAACUUCGGCUGUGCUGAUUCAGCUGUCGGACAGAGAAUAUUUUUUGCACGAGUAGAUUGAGAGGAAUCGAUUAGAAAUCUCGCGUUCUGUAAACCUAUUUUUUUUUUUCUACACUGAUAUAUUCGCAAUUUUUGAAAUUACUUGGAAACGUUCUUCUUCAAUAAAAAUAAAAAACAAAAACAAAAAAAAACUGUCAAAUUUUUGUAAUCGAUUAGUUUUCGAACACACUUGUCGACACCACAGCUCUUCUUUACGGAAGGCGUUUCUAUCGAUUUCUGUUAAUUUGCUUACUUUUGUACAGGAACGACCGACAGAGUUUGAUACUGAGACGAGUGCGCUAUCAAAAUGAAAAGAAGAAAAACAAAAAAAUCGUAGAAAAAGCCACGCAUCUUACGAGAGUUUUUAUUUAUAAAUUAGUGAAACGAGGAGAGUCUCUCUCUCACACGGUAAAAUAUAAUUAAACAAAGUAGCGGCAUCGCGACACAUUUCGCACCCCGCCUGCUACCGCUGAACAUGUAUGUGCGUCGAAUGAACAUGUGUGUGCAUGUGUUUGCGUGCGUAACACAAAUACACAGUUACAAGUUACACAAAUACACAAGUACACAGUUACUAUGUGUAUGUGUGUGCGCGCACGCGAAGUUGUAAAAAAAAAAAAAAAAAAAAA